AUGAAUACGAUUCAUAUUUUCCUAUACGUAGGCGUCCUGACAAACCUCGGCGUUACGGUUUUGGGACAAGCACAACGUAAGGCUUACUUUUAGUAUUAAGACUUAAUUUUGGGCUUAACUACUGCUCUUUAACUUUAAAGUUUAAAGUCAAAGCUUGAAGCGAAACAGUUUUCCAAAUUUAAUGAAAAUUUUUUUUAAUUUAAAAAAAAAUGAAAAAUUAAAAUUUUUGAAAUUUUCCUAAGCCAAUAAAUCUCUUGGCCCUAAGCUUAUUUUUCAAAUUUUAAAAUUUUAGGCAGAGUAAGCGGGAAAGUGCAACAAGCCAUAGAAGCGACGAAACGUCGACAGUCUUUUCACAGUCCUGUCGCAACUUCAAACGCCGACAAAAGUCGCAACAACAAAUCGCAGCAACAGCGACCGGUCAAAAGCGAAGACCUGAACAUUCAGAAAUUGAAUGAACUUAUCAAAGCCAUUGACAAAUCUUGGGUUAUGCCUCGGACUGGGUCUAGGGAACCGGUUGGCUCCAAUUUUCAAGCAGUAAGUUUUAUUUUUUUCAAAUUUUGAAAAUUAACUAUGUAAAAUACUACAAUGCUGAUAAAACGCUUCAAAAUUUCAGUACAAGAAAACGUGUGCCACAAUAUACAAAAGCCGAGAUGGAGCUUGUCAACAAGUCGGGUUUGGAGUAAUGUGCUUCAACUAUUGUUUUGAACAAGGUAUGGUUAAAACAUUGGAAAACAAGACUUAAGUCUAGAUAUUAAAAGUGCUUUAAAAAGAGGCUCGAAAAAGGGCUCGCUAGGCCCGGCUUGGCUCGCAGAGAUGAGCCGAAGCAAACUUGAAAGAGGCCGGGCCUUUUCAUCGUCAAACUUUCUUCAAUUUUGGCGUUUUAAAUUAGCCUAGCCGAACUUUUGACACCUAUCCAGCUUAUUAGGUCUCAACUUUUCAUUUUAUUUUGACCCAACUUUUCAGGAGAACAAAUGUCAUACAAAUGCCAAGACAUCAGUGAUUCGACGUACUGUAAAACGAACUCAAACUUUGAAGCUUUUAUAUCCAAACACAAGAAAGAUUCCUAUAAGCUUAAGGCUUUUAUACAUCAGGUAGGCUUCCGCUUACUUUCGAAAAUUGUACUGUAUUUUACAAAAAAAAGAUGAACCUUGAAUAUAUAUAGCAAGCCUAAUAAAAUAAACCAUUUUUAGCUUUGAGAGGCCUUGUAAUUCAAGAAUUUAUAGCACUCAUAAGCCUAAUGAUUCGAAAAUUUAAAGCUCUAAUAGUCCUAUUAAUUCAAAAUUUUUUAGAUGAUAAGUCGCUGCUACGCUACGACGGUCUGUAGUGCUACUGGAAUCUUUAGCGACGCUGUGAUGGCCAAAGUAACCGGUAACGCUGUCUCUGCAGCUACUACAUUGUCGCCAAAAGAGAAAAAGUUGUUAAGGCUAACAAAAAGGCUUCUACUGAUAUUAAAGUAAGUUCUGAUUAAAAACUAUUAUAUAAAACGAAAAUGUAGUUCUGCCUACAUUUUAGGUUAAAAAAUAUCCCAUUAUGUAUACAAAACUGUAAAAGUUAAGCCAAAAAUACAUUUUUUAAAAUCAUUUCAAAACUUCUAAUUUAGGCCUCCGGCACAAUGCAACGAAACGGCAAACCAAACAUUUGGGAGCGCUUCGCCGCCCAACAACCCAAUCGCCUUCAAGCUACACGCGCUCCAGAAGACGCCUCAAACUCCGGUACAAUCGGCCCAACCCCAACUGAUCCGGCCGAACAACCAAAAAUGGUGCCUUUCUGGCAACGGCUCCUUAAACGCAAAAAAGACAACAACACAACCCCAGCUACUACUACACGAAAGAUUGUCGAGUCCACGGACCCUAUCACCGAGUAUCCUGAAGACGAAGAACCUGAAGUUACAGAAGAGGCUACCACAACCACUACGCAUGCUACGACGAAAGCGAAACGACGAAGGGUUAAAGUCAGACGGCCGAAGACGACUACUACAACUACGACGACCGAGGCGCCAGAAGUGGGGCCAGAAGAACCGCCGGAAGUUGAUGAGGAGGAGGAAUACACUGUGCUCGAAGUUAAACCGUAGGAAACUGGGUUUUAAUAGUUUUUGGGUUAGAUGGGUUGGGUAUUUUUUUGGAGGGGAUGGUAAAAAACCAAAAACAUUUUUUUUUGAAAAAAAGACCAAUUAUCAUUAUCAACUCCUAGACUCCACUUCUCCAGGCUAUCUCUUAUAAGAUCAAUUUAGAGAAGAUAGAUCAAUUAAAAAAUCUUAACAAGUGUAAAAAAACCUUUUCAGUCAGCCCACAGCCGUUUCGAAGCACACUUGGGCACCAUUGCCGAAAGCUUUCACUUCCAAGCCAUUUAUGGCCGCUCACUCCAACCUAGGAGAGAUUAUUGAGCAAGUGGAAAAAGGCCAAGAUCCACCAAUGAUAGGCCAUGAGCCUGAAGGCUUUUGGAACAAAUUCCAGCCUGGACGGUGGUUUCAGUCCAUUCACUACAUGACUAAUACUGGUUAG